GUAUAGGGCAACGCAUACCAAUUAAACCAAAUCAAUCAUAUAUAUUCAUACCAAUAUAUACUAUAGUUGAUCAAUGGCACCAGUGACAACAGUGCGUGUGUUCGGGAAGCCAAUCACUCAUGCUCAUCAUGGAAGUCGUCACCAAAGGGCCCUAGCAGCUUUGAAGAACAUGCACGCGGAUGGAAAGUCCGACCACGCGACGCAGUUUACAAAUGAGUUAAAAAAAACGACACCAGCCACUGUAAGCACCACAAUUGGCAAGGUUUACAAUGCCACUGGUGAUGAAGUGAAGUACGUGACUGUAAAGAAUUGGAGCGGAUCUGUCGUUGGGACGUACCCUGUAAGUAUCAUGAACGGCCAGUGGGCUGUUUUUCAGCAUGUUGGCACCAAAGGCAAUGAUCGCCAAGGAUCAGUUGCUGCUGUUGUAUACGGCAUCGAGGAUUUUGCUGAUAUCAUGGUCGCUUGGAACAACCCUUGGAAAACUGCCACGGGAGGAAAUAACACUGCUUACUGUGAGAUGAACGGCCCGGGAUACUUUGGUGAUUCAUAUGACUGGGAUGCAGCUUACCAAAAGUUGCUCAAGUCUGAGACUGAAACCACAACAACUAUGAGUGGUUAUGGAACAAAAGUGAGCAUUGAAGCAGGUGGCAAUGCUCCGGUCUACACUGCCAUUUUCUAUGUUGAAACUUGAAACCUCCAAAUAUAAUAAUAAUAAUAAUAAAUAAAUGACUUGGCUGUUCUGCUAUAUCAGCCACGUGCGUACUUUGUUUUCUAGCUAGUUCUCCGUCGAUCGAAAAGAGAAUGAAAAAUGUAUGUGUGCUUUCUAUGUACCGAUAAGCCAAACUUAUUAGUAUCGGGUAAGUUGGCUUAUAUGAUGUUUCCAUAAAUAAAAAAUAUAUCUUUCGUUGUC